AUGCUCAGCGUGGCUUUCAUCAUCGCAGUCCUGCUGGCCCUGGCCGGCGGCACAGCUGCCCACAGCUGUGUUGCCUCGCAACAACUGGUCUCCAAGAUGCUGCAACAGCUGGAGGACUCUGUCAAGGAGGAUGAGCUGCCAAAUCCCAGCAUCCUGCUGGCCAUGAACCUGGCUGGGACCACCGACAGUUAUACCCACAAGUUGCUGCUCCAGCAGAUAAAGGAGGAGGCUGUGAAGAGAGCCCAGAAAGACAUGACCUCAGGAGAGGUGGCUCUGUAUGUGCUCGCCCUCCUCUCCUCCUGCCAGAACCCCCAGGACAUCCAGGCCCUGGGACAGUCCGUCGACCUGCUCCACGUCCUACAGCAGAAAACAGACGAGGAGAUGGCCAGCCUGGAGCUGGAGGGCAUCCCGAAAACCACGCUGUACAGCGUGAGCCUGGACACCCUGGCCCUGUGCCUGGCAAGUGUGGGUGGCUACCAAGAGGCAUCCGUGGUCCUGGCCAAGCAGCUGCUGAGCUCCGAGAGCCACCUCUCUGUGGACACCCGCGCCAUGGCGGCACUGGCACUGGCAUGCACAUACGGCCAGACGGACCUUGAUGAUGUGCAGGACCUUCUCUGGGAGGCACUGUCGGUGGUGACCAACGACUUCCUCGAUGAGCAGGAGGAGAAGGAUGGCAUGAUUGGGAACAUUUACAGCAUGGGGCUGGCCCUGCAGGUGCUGGGAGCCACAGGCAAGUUUUAUGCCCCGCGGAAGUGGGACUGCACCCAGGCCUUCGCAGUGGUGUACAGCCAUGACUACCAGCUGCCCAUGGCCAUCGCCCAGGUCUUGCCUGCCCUCUUGGACAGAUCCUACCUGAAAGCGGCUGAGGUGGACUGCACCAGCACUGAUACGUCCUCAAGCCUACAAUCGUCCCAGUCCCCAAAGCUGUCUACAACCAGGGUUCACAGAGCAGCCUCCAUCACAGUGCACUACUCCAUCAUCAACAAGCUGCAGGGAAAACACUUCAGCUACACCAUCUCAGUGCAGGUCUUGCAGGGCUCCACGCUGCUCAAGGUGCUGCAGGCAGCAGAGGAGAAGGAACCCCAAAACUUUAG